AUGGCGGCCCCCAUGCUCGAAGUGUUUUUUCGGGCGAGUGAAUUUUUUGUGUGUGUGUGUGUGAGUUUGAAAUGGAGCGUGCCCAGCCGCAGAAGAAAAAAAAAAGUAGCGCCAUCGCAAGCGCGGCAGCUGUGGGGAGAGCGCGAAACGGAGCUCCUCAUAGAUUUGUGGGAGGACCGCCUUAUGGACCUACGCCGUCAGAAGAGAAUUAGCGGUGUUUACGACGAUAUCGCCGCGGCCCUGCGACAGGUGGGCUUUGAAAGAACUCGGCUGCAAGUUCACCACAAGAUGGAAAAUCUUGCGCAGACUUAUCGUUUUUGGCUGAAAAAUCAAAAGACCGGUGCUGGCGCCAUACCUUGGACGCAUUUCUGGCGAAUACAUAGUUUUUUAGGGACACUCCCGGCCAACGACCCAUCAAGGGCUCAAGAGAGCCAAGGUACUGUUGAAGAGGUCAUCAUGGAGAUGAUAAACGGCAGCGAAAAUGCUGUCGUUGACAAUGAGAACAGGCUGCAAUGGGAGGAGAGUGCGCCCAUCAGACCUCUGGACAGCCCAGGACAGAACUCCCCGUCCACGUGCAGCCCGGCCUCCAGCGGCCCGGCCUCUCCCAGUCCGGCCUCUCCCAGUCCGGCCUCUCCCAGUCCGGCCUCCUCCAGCCCGGCCUUCUCCAGCCCUGCCAUCAGCAGUGUCACCCCUGCUAGUGUGGCUACAACAAGCCGGGGUCCAAAGAGGAAGACGGGUGAUGACUUCAAGCAGCAGAUACUGGCUGAACACAUACUGCUGAGGGAGCAGCUGGUGGCGAGCCGUCAGAGAGAGUACGAGCAAAGAGAGAGACACAUGCAAAUGCAAGAAAAGGUUUUUAAUUCAAUGUCAAAAUAUUCAGAAAGAAGUUCCAAAUAAAGUUGCUGUAAUUAGGAAGUGGAAAAUGCAGCAUCCACCCAAUCGCAACAGAUUGCUACGAAGGAAACCUGUUUGGUCAAGAAUGUACGGGUUUUCAUUGUAGGAAUUUGCUGCAAAUGUAUGGAUGCCACAUUUUCCAUUUCUUACUUCACCCAUCUUGUGGGUUUUGUACAGAAUACUUUCUUCAAUGUGUGCUAAAUCGCUCUUUUGAGUGCAGAAGAAUACUUGUGCGCUUAGUAGAAAUUAACUUCUGCUAGGCGCACAAGUAUGUGAUGAUGACAGUGGACUCACUGACCUACCAAAGCAUGAACGUCCACAAAGCUUCAGCAUAAAAUUCCCAGCUCUGCUGGAAGUCACUCGUAAGAUGAGUAGCAGUUGAACAAGUGCCGCUGAAGCAGUUUCAACAAAGGAACUAGUCAGCAAGUCUGUGCCUUGUCUCGCACGGGUGUGACUGCAUUAUGCAUGUGUUUGAGUCACAGCAUGUAGCUGUGCAUAAUACAAAUAAUCAAAAUGCUUAACUUGCCUGCAUCAUGUCGACUGCCCACGUAUGGGCCGUUCAAUUGGCAGAUAAUCCCAUUGGGGCACGUGAUGGACUGGUAUUUAAGGGCAUGAAAACGUUUGUGCCCCGAAAAGAAGACCUGAUCAUUUGAUGGACGGCAAAUGGCCCGCGCUGUCCCGUCGAUGAAGCCCCAGCAAUUGUGGAGCGGCGCCCCUUUGGAAUUCAUGGCCUGCGAGUAAAUGUGAUACAGCCGAGUACAAGCACACCCUGGCAAGUAGCUGAUUGCAUACCUGGGCAAAAGCUUCCAGUUGAGCAAGGUCGAGCAAGAAAUGACUGUUCACAUCUCGCAGAAGGUGGCUGAACAUGCUCUCAAUGUGUGCAAGCCCAGCAUUAGUGGCUGAAGAAAUCAGCCACUAAAGCUACGCUAAACAUAUAACUAAAACAUGAAAAUCGCCCGCCGCUCCGCUUUGGCUUAGCGGGGCUACCCGGAAUGGAGCGUACUGCAAGGAGGCUCAACUAAAACACUCUUUUAGUGGGGCAAGCUUGUGACGCUUUUUAUGGCCCUGCAACAACAUGUACCUUAUUUCGGUACUCACGCUUGUCGAAAACACGAUGAGCGAUUGUCAAGAGUGAUAACACAGGAGUGUAUUGCUUGCACCGGCAGGACGCGUAAAAGAUAACACCGAGGAGCUCAUUUCUGUCUUCUGAGCGAUUGAAAACAGGAUUGGCACCCACGAAUCUGUCUUGAGUGCGACUAGAAGGCAUUCUGCGAGCAUGUAACAUGGUCUGGCUGAGAGCCUGUGUUGUAGCCACCUCUGUGUACUUGGCGUACCAUUGUGUCGACUGUAUUGUAUACAGUGGACGACUCUAUUGGGUGCCGCCAUGCGUGAGACGCAAUUUGCGUCUCGCACAUGCACAGUGGCUUCGAUGCCUUUUCUUUGGGGCCCUACUGAAACUCUCUAUAGAACUUGCACGCCACCGUGCAUGUUUAUAUUAAAUUAUCCGAAAUUUCGUGUAGCGAUGAGGUAGCGCAGCAAACAUCGGGUUGUUUUGUUCAGCUGUGUUAGGAAGUCUGACAUGCCUUAAUAAAUUGCUUAUGUAGUUGCAUGAAAUGCAUGUGGUGGUUCAACGUACUGCAACAUGUCACAGAACACAACUUGUUUGUGGUUAUGUCGCUUCAUAUGUGCCACCUUUACGAAUCCAGUGCAAUGAAUCCAGCGCAUUUGGUUUUUCCAUCAACAGUGCCGCAACACAGCCGAAAGAAUGAGCAAUGCAGCGAGUCCAUUUAUGAUGACAUGCAGCUGUAACACCUCUACAACUACCUCAUGUACUUUUUGUUUGCAGGUACAGGCUCUGAGUGGACAGCCGGGGAAACUAAGCUGCUAUUAGAUUAUUACGAGCAGUACUUUGCUGAGAUUGGACCAAUGAAAGAAUUAAAAAAUAAAAAGCUAAUGUUUGCCCGAAUUGCAGCCAAUAUAUCAGAGGCACUCGGAAUUUCCAAAACCAGUGAGCAGUGCUGCAGCCGCUAUAAAACUGUCAUGCGAAGAAAAAGAAGCGCUACAGCACACAAUAACAAAUCCGGGAAUUUCCCGUGUGAAGUGCCUUUUGAAGACGAAAUAGCCAGAAUACGCUGGCUAGAUGACAGCCUCGAGCUCGAAGAGCUGAGGGACAGCUCUGGCGCUGUUGCUGUCAAGAGGCCAGCCAGCCAGGCAUC